UUACUACCAAGAGGCUGGGACAAGACUGCACUUGCACAUUGAUUCGAAGACAAUGUCCAGCUCAGAAGGCUUCGCUGCCAUCUUUUAUUCCGAACCCGGGGUCCUGGGGCUUUUGGCCAACGUGAUAAGCGCUUUCCUUGUAGCCCUGCAGAACUUCACUCUCGUCAAUACCAACAUUGUGGCCAAUGGCAUCGAAAACAUCCUGGCAGGUGUUCACCUGAUUUUAAUCGGGGGAGUGAUGCAACUUGUUGCUGGUUUGUUAACCUUCAGAAAGUAUGAUCAUCUGGGAGGCACUGCCUUUGUGGCCUUCUCAGCUCUUUGGAGCAGUUUUGGGGCAACUCGGAUUAUUCAGGGAGCGAACCUCGCACUCUAUAACACCACCUCCCUCCCUCCAUCCCUACAAAACAACAGCAGCGCCGUAAAUUAUAGCAUAAGCGUUGCCGUGCCUCCUGUCACCGAGUCAGCUGUUGCAGGGCUGGUAGCAUACAUCAGCGUGGCCUUUAUCUUGACCUUCUGCUCGGCCACAGCUAAUUACAUCAUGCCCUUUGUGUUCGGGGCUAUAACGAUCACACUAGUCUUCGAGGCGGUGGGGCUCUUUGGCCAAUGGGCGUUCAUAGUGUCAGGAAUCUUUGAGUUAAUAAUCGUUCUGUUUGGGCUUUACGGAGCCGCUGCGCUCCUUUUAAAGGGAAUCACCCAAAGAUAUGUCCUCCCUGGCUUUGGCAACUCUCUGUUUAAUGUAUUGCUGUUGGGGGCAGCAAACAAGUCCUCUGCUAAGAGUAUUGGGGAAGAGAAGAAAAAGAAUACAAAAUAUGCUGAGCCAAUGGCACUGGGCGUCUUGUGUGAUGUGAUUUCUCCCUUUAUCUUUGCUUUUUACUGCUUCGGCUACUUAAACUCCUUCUAUGUUGGUGCCGUGUGGAUCAGCAUCAAUUCCCUGUCACAGCUUCUUGCUAGCUACUAUGCUUAUUUGCGGGGUGAUGUAUUCUUCACAACUAAGUUUGGCGUCCAUGCUACAUUCUGGCUGGUCAAGUCCUGGGAGGAGUUUAUUCUAAGCGUGCUGAUCAACGUGAGUAAUGUGGACAACAGCAGAGUGAGGAUGGCGGGGGACUGGUUUUUCCUGGUCACUGCUCUCAUCCUGUGCCUGAUGUCUCUCAAUAAGGACAUACUGGAGAUCAUUCACAAUAGUGUCUUCAUCCUUCUCACCAUCUCCACCAUCCCUCAGAUUAACAGUACACAGUAUUACAACUUCUUUGGUGCCAUGUGUGCUGUGUAUGUAGCUCUCUCUCUCUAUGCAACAUUUGCCAGUUUAAUUAACUCGAUUGCGGAGAAGGCUCUGAUCCCUAUCGGGACUCAAGUCCUAUCCUCAGCCACAUUUCAGAAUGUCCUAUUUGCCCUGAAACGUUGCCUCACUAGAGCUGAGGAGCUCCCGUCUUCCACGAGUGCCUAUCUCCCAGAUGCCCUUUUCUACAUCUGUAAUGGGCUGGCAGCGCUGUCGGCCAUCCAGAGUACAACCGGAGACCAGACUUACGCUCACCUGACCAUCCCCUGGGUGUUGAUCCCAGGAACCCUGAUCCAACUCUACGUGUCCAGGAUUCAAGUCCAAGGAGGGAAACGCUUUGGCUCCGUGUUGCCAUUCAGUUACGCAAUCGUCUGGGCAACGUGGACCUGGCUACGAUUUGCAGGACAGUUGUUAGCCAUUGGCCCCACAUCUGAUGAUGCAUUCACCGCAGGAGCCAUAGCCUUCCUCAUCGUCAACAUGUUUCUAAUUUUCUUAGCUACCUAUGUUAACAUUGUGCUGCUCGUGCUCACAGUCAUAAUGGAAGUGGUAAUCAUCUGCUUUCUCCUGUUUACUGUGGAACGCCUGCCUCUGCCGUUGGAAGGCGUGAUGCUCGGCUUGUUCAGCCUUGUCUGUGUGUACGGAGCCUUUGCAGCUUUUGCCAACUCUACAUUUGGGAAGCAGCUCAUUCCUCUGGGGAGCCCUCUCUUCAAGCCAAGGAAACGCGAAAAUGAUGAGCAGAUCCUGGCUACAUGCACCACCGUUUCCUCCCAGAAGACAAGUGGACUGCGGACUAUUGCAAACAUCGUAGACUCUGGCAAAGUGUGUGGAAUUCCCACUGACACGGUUUAUGCUUUGGCAGUUUCUUGCAAACACCCUGCGGCCAUUGAAAAGAUAUACAACAUCAAGGACCGUCCUGCAGAGAAGCCCAUCUGUAUCUGCAUCUCCAACCUAGAACAACUCAUUGCUGUGCAUCCUCCAUUCAGCCCCCUGCUCUGGGAGCUCAUGAGGAACGUCUAUCCUGGAGGCAUCAGCUGUAUUGUGAAGAAAGGAGAUUGGCUGAGGAAAUUAGGGAUUGGUGCAGCCUAUGAUCGUGUGGGCACAAAGGACAGUAUCAUGAUCCGUGUCCCUGACCACACUGUCACAGCUCAUCUUGUGGCUAUGACUGGACCAUUAGCCAUUACGUCAGCCAACCCCAGUGGAGAGCCCGAUAGCACCCACCACGACAUGGUCAUCUCACGUCUUGGCCAUAAGAUUGAUGGGGUGUUGUGUGAUGGGUUCUCCAAUGAACUAGUUGCCUCCACUGUUAUCAACUGCACCAAAAUCGAUGAAGAUGGCAUUACGAUUCUGAGGGAAGGCUGCGUUCCAGCUGCAAAAGUUCUGCAGAUUUUUGAGCGAGUGAAGAACAAGCUUGAUUAAUUGGCAGAUGGACUGAAAAUCCCCAGUACAGGAGUGAAGUGAAGUUAGCAUUCAAUUGUGUGUAACUAACAGAACAAAUAUCAGUCAAUCUGUCCCACACAGAGGAUAUUGAUGUUUCACUCUAGCUGCUACAUCUGAGCUUUUGACAAGUGUUUUUUUUCUCUCAGUUAAUACACUUCAUUAAUGACUGGUGGUUUCCAAGUAAUACAGAAAAUAUCGUUUAUUUAUCCAUGAUAGAUUUGUGGCUCAUCUGGUUUGCAUUACAACUGAAUACUUUCCUAGAAGGGGAAUACAAACUACUAAACUAUCAUUCUGUGUUCUACUUCUGACAGAUAAGAAUCUUUUGACAGUGAACCAAAGAUUCAUUGAAAUCAGGACGUUUUUGCUAACUUAGGGUUCAGAUCAUUGUAGUUUGAGUUGUUGUGUUUCUCUGCUGCCACCAAGGUCAUUGAGGUACAAAUAAGUGCAAACAGCACUGAUAACAUCGAGUUAGAAAAGAAAAUGACUCCGAGAACUCAUUGUAUAAACAGAAUCGAAAAGGGCUACUACUUCAAGUGCAAGACAGGAGUUCAGUAAAACAUAACUCAGUUUUGACAGCUGAUAGUGUAUCAGCAUUGAUAAUGUUAUUCGUGCUGUCUGCUCAAAAUAUGCACUGUAAUGCAGUGAAUGUGAUGAAAUGUAGGAGCUUUUGCAAAUGAUACACAGGUACACUACAAUACAAGAAUACAAAAUUACAUUUGUAUAGUGCCUUUUAGGUCAAGAGGACGUCCAAAUUAAUUACACUUACCAAAUAAACAACAAAAACUUGCACUUAUAUAGCGCCCUCCAUGCAGGGUAGUGACUCAGAACAAAUUAAUCUUAAAAUCAGUUAAUUAAGUUAGUUCAUGUUUGGCACCUAGUUUAAGCAAAAUGGUUAAUAUGAACAUCAACCAGAGAAGAUGAUUUAUUCAUGCGUUGAGGGUGAAAAGCUGGUUGUGGGACAAGUGAAAAUUAUUCUACACCCAAUAACAUGUAAAUACACAAAGAAAAUAUCAAUACCAAAUGUUUCUGUAAUGACAUGAUUAAUGAAGCUGGUUCUGUAUAUUGUAAAUGUGUUGCCUUCUCCCAAUGUAACUGUAUAUAAAACGAUAGAUUGCACCAUUCAUUUGUUGAAGAGAAGAUAAUGGAAAGCAUUUGAUCGCGUAUCCAUCUUUAAUGACUUUUAAACUAAUAACUGUAGAUACAAUGUUGAUAAAUCUUUCAGCCAGUGUAUAUAUUACAGAGUGUUAAUAUUUAUUGUUGCUCAGGUAUGCCUUUUUUGUAUAUGAAGACGAUCACUACCUCUGGUUGUGUCUGAACGCUAGUAAGGAACUUUAAAUCUCGUUGAAGUGUAGAGAUUGAUGAAUGGUUAAGUUAAGUUAAGGCCUUUGUGGGGGAGCACAUCUGCUUCUCAGCUUGUUGAUAUAUAAAUCAACUAAUAUUUAACUCAACAAGGUCGUAAAAUAAUGGUCACUUGUAUAUUUUGUAAAUUAACACCUCUGGGAAACUGAAUAUUUUUUGCAGAAAAUUGUACAAGUAGAUUGUUUUAUAUUUUUUAAUGGAUGAAGGAGCUCAUUUAACUUUGGUGCUUAUUUUAUGACAAUCAAGUGAAUAAAGAUUGUGCACUCGAA